AUGGCGGAAGCACUUCCGGAAGAUGGCGCCGUUGUCACGUGCGAGUGCGAACCGUAUCUCGUUGAAACUGCCAGAAAGUGGUUCGACGAGACGCCAUUCGGGAAGAGGAUUGACAUCCGUCAAGGUCCGGCGCUGGACUCCCUGGACCAGCUUGCCGCGGAGGGUCAGACAUUCGACGUUGUGUAUCUUGACGCCGACGAGCCGAACUACACGGCGUACUUCAAGAAACUGCUUGACCUUGGCCUUCUGGCUGAGGGUGGGACGUUGAUGGUGGACAACAGCUUGUUUCACGGCUUUCCGUACACUCAGCCCGGCUCGACGGUGGAUCUGUUCAACAAGGCGGUGAUGGACGACGACCGGGUGGAACAGAUUCUGUUGCCUAUCUUCGACGGCGUAUCAUUAAUCAGGAGGAAGGGGGAAUAA